AGACCACGCCCCGCAUGCCGGACCCGCGCACGCGCGCCUACCCAGCCGAGGCCUUUUUCCCCCCCCCCUCCCCGCUGGUACCUCGGUCCCGCGGCGCCAGGUCGCCCCCAGCCCCUCCCUCUUGCCACCCUCUGUGUGUGUCCCACCCUCACGGGCUUUGUGGCGUAGGUGCCGAGCCUCUUCCCGGUCAGCCGCUCAGUGGAGGAAGGAGCCGCCAGUGAGGUGCAGCCGCUCGCUGCCCCGGGCAGGGGCACAGUUGCAACCAAGGCAAUGGCUUACUACCUCAACUCAGAAGCCCACCUGGAUCCAGGGCCCAUCUAUGUUCGAGAAAAUGGGCAGCUACACAUGGUCAACCUGGCUCUGGAUGGUGUUAAGAACAGCCUGCAGAAGCCACGGCCUUUCAGACUCUUUCCCAAAGGCUUUUCUGUGGAGCUGUGCAUGAACAGGGAAGAUGACACUGCCCAGAAAGAGAAGACUGAUCACUUUAUCUUCACAUACACCCGAGAGGGGAAUCUGCGCUACUCUGCUAAAUCCCUCUUCAGCCUGGUGCUGGGCUUCAUCUCCGACAAUGUUGAUCACAUUGAUUCCCUGAUUGGCUUUCCUGAGCAGAUUGCUGAGAAGCUAUUUUCUGCUGCUGAAGCCAGACAGAAAUUCACAGAGCCAGGGGCAGGGCUGAGGGCGUUACAGAAGUUCACUGAGGCCUAUGGGAGUUUGGUGCUCUGCUCACUGUGCUUGCGAAACAGGUAUUUGGUGGUUGCAGAAAAACUAGAAGAGAUCAAGUCUUUCCGGGAGCUGACCCGUCUGGAUCUUUCCUGUUGCUGGCUUGGAGAUGAACAUGAGCUUCUAGAACAUCUCACCAAUGAGGCUCUGUCCAGUGUCACUCAGCUCCACUUGAAGGAUAAUUGCUUAUCUGAUGCAGGCAUUCGGAAAAUGACAGCACCAGUGCGGGUGAUGAAAAGAGGCCUUGAGAAUCUAGCGCUGUUAGACCUGUCUUGUAACCCUGAGAUAACGGAUGCUGGGAUUGGAUACCUGUUUUCAUUUAGAAAAUUAAAUCGCUUGGAUAUCUCUGGGACAGGACUAAAGGAUAUCAAAGCCGUUAAGGACAAGCUCCGGACAAACAUCGGCCUUGUUCACUCCAAAGUGCCUUUGAAGGAAUUUGAUCAUAGUAACUGCAAAACUGAGGGCUGGGCUGACCAGAUCGUUCUGCAGUGGGAGCGAGUGAGCGUGGAAGCUGUGCGGCAGCGGAAAGAUGUGGAGCCUCGAAAGGCAGCUCAGUACUUCUACAAGAAUCGAGCUCUCACAGAAGUUACAAGGAAAUGUCCCCUCGCAGAGACCCACAUGAACUCUUCUGGAAAACUCCAGUUCUAUAGGGAGGAGGCUCCGGACUGCCAUGAGCCACUGUUGAGCCAAGAAUCAAAGAAGAGCAAGAAGAGAGCUUUCGAGGAGUCAGAGCAGGAGCAGAGCUCGCCACAGUCGGCCAAGCAGAAAUGUGUGUGUCUGGCCGUGGAAGACUGGGAUUUGCUCAAUUCCUACUGACUGACACAUACAGUCAGCCUCCCCUCACCUCAGCACGAGGAGGGCAGACUGCUGGUGAUUUUCUUUUGGUUUGGAUUUACCUAUGGCAUUAGCAUAGCAAGCAGAUAUUUCUACUUUUGUGGUGCGGGAGGGAAGGCUAUGGACGUAUGUAAUAAUUUCUAAUGUAUAUUUUCAAUACAUAGUAAUUUUUUCAAAUAAACUCUUUUGCUCUCGUUGAA